AUGCCAGCUUUAGUCCAGGAAGACGCGAAGCCGCAAGGCAGAUUACUGCUCGUAUCGAAUCGACUUCCGAUCACCAUCAAGCGUUCCGACGAUGGCACCUAUGCGUUCUCCAUGUCCUCGGGGGGUCUAGUCACUGGGUUGAGCGGGCUGUCCAAGACCACCACCUUUCAAUGGUACGGCUGGCCCGGCCUCGAGGUACCAGAUGCGGAAGCCGCACCGCUGGUAAAACGGCUGAAAGACGAAUAUGGAGCUGUGCCUGUUUUCGUGGAGGACGACCUGGCAGAUAGACAUUACAAUGGAUUCUCGAACUCAAUCCUGUGGCCUCUCUUCCACUACCACCCCGGAGAAAUCACUUUCGAUGAGUCGGCAUGGGCGGCAUAUAAAGAUGUCAAUCGUCUGUUCGCAAAGACCAUGGCAAAGGAUGUACAGGAUGGAGAUUUGAUCUGGGUUCAUGAUUAUCACCUUAUGCUACUUCCAGAAAUGCUGCGAGAGGAGAUUGGCACCAGCAAAAAGAAUGUCAAGAUUGGCUUCUUCUUGCACACUCCAUUUCCUAGUAGUGAGAUAUACAGAAUUCUGCCAGUUCGAGAAUCCCUGUUACUCGGCGUUUUACACUGCGAUCUUAUUGGGUUCCACACAUACGACUAUGCCAGACAUUUCCUCAGCAGUUGUUCUAGAAUAUUGGGAACAUCGACAACACCCAACGGUGUCGACUUCAACGGUAAAUUUGUUACCGUCGCAGCUUUCCCUAUUGGUAUCGACCCAGAGAAGUUUGUCGAAGGUCUGCAGAAGAAAUCUGUUCAAGAUCGAAUUGCAGUUUUGGAACGCAAGUUUGAGGGUGUGAAAUUGAUUGUUGGAGUUGAUCGACUCGAUUAUAUUAAAGGUGUCCCUCAAAAACUCCACGCACUCGAAGUAUUCCUGUCAGAACAUCCUGAAUGGGUUGGAAAGGUUGUCUUGGUUCAAGUGGCCGUACCCAGUAGGCAGGAUGUUGAAGAAUAUCAGAAUCUUCGAGCAGUCGUCAACGAGCUGGUUGGUCGUAUCAACGGCAGAUUUGGUACGGUCGAAUUUAUGCCUAUUCACUUCCUACAUCAAUCGGUGUCUUUCGAAGAGCUCACCGCUUUGUAUGCCGUGUCGGAUGCCUGUCUGGUUUCCUCCACUCGAGACGGUAUGAAUCUCGUUUCAUACGAGUACAUUGCCACUCAACGGGCUCGUCACGGUGUUAUGAUCCUCUCCGAAUUUACCGGUGCAGCGCAAUCCCUUAAUGGCGCUCUUAUCGUUAACCCAUGGAAUACGGAAGAACUUGCAGGUGCUAUUCAUGAUGCGGUCACCAUGUCUCCAGAAUCACGGGAGAUCAACUUCAAGAAAUUAGAAAAAUACGUGUUUAAAUAUACAUCGGCUUGGUGGGGCGAAUCUUUUGUCAGCGAACUUGUUAGGAUCAGCGAGCACGCCGAGAAGAAGCAGAAGCGAAAUGCUGGUAGUGUAGCUGGGAAAGUACAAGGCCUUGUAGAAGGAGUGAAGGGUAUGGUCGUAGGGAAGGAUGAAAAGGAGAAUCAAGAUGCUGGUGCCAAAGAAGAGAGUAAAUAG